AUGUCGAUUUUGCCGGAUGAUAUUCGAUACGAAAUUCUUUCUCGAUUGCCUGUCAAAAGUCUGCUCCGUUUUAGGGUUAUAUCUCGAUUCUGGCUUACCCUAAUUGAUAGCCCCAAUUUCAUCAAAUCGCAUCUGAAACAAUCAGUUAAAACCAAGAACAACCUUUAUCUCAUCCUGAGUUACUACAAUCCCGGUCUCUUUGAUUUUUCCAGACUCUGUCGCAUGGAUUUAGAUUCGGUCGAGGCCCUCGAGGGUGAUGGCAUUCUUCAACUGGUAGAGAUCAAUGGCAAUCCCAUGAGGCAUCAUCGUUAUAACAACCGUAUUUGGGGAACCUGCGAUGGAUUGCUCUGUUUGUCAAAUAAAAAGCAAGCUACCCUUUCAUGGAACCCAUCAACGAGGAUAAUUGUAGGACCCGUAAAUCAUUCUAACAUUCACCAAAAUGAUAGAUCGAUCUGCGUUAUGAUCAAAGCUUAUAUAGACAUUGUAGUUGUAUGGAAUCCUUCAACGAAAAAGUUUGUAGAACUGCCUUUCGCAUCGAUUGAGAUCAAAGAUUAUGAUCCGAAAUAUAGUCACGUUCACCAAAAUAGAGCUUAUGGAUUCGGUUACGAUAAUACCAACGACGACUACAAAGUGGUGAGAGUUGCGGUUGUUCAGGAUGUUGUCAGAAAUUACGAGGUUAAAGUUUAUAGUUUAAGAUCAAAUUCAUGGCAUACGGCAGAUAAAUUUCCUAACCAAGAUCCGAAAUUUAAUGGAGUUCGAAAUUCCGUAGCUGGUGGAGCGAUGCACUGGUUCUCGGUAGACGCAGAUUUAAACAGUUCCAUUAUUGCAUUUGAUCUCGGGUUGGAGACAUAUAGAGUAAUUCAACUGCCUGUGUGCCGUGACCUUGAAUUCUAUGUGUACUUGACUAGUUUCGGAGGAUGUUUAUCUUUAACUUGUCACCAUUAUUCGGGGCACGUGGAUACAUGGUUGCUGAAACAAUAUGGUGAGGCGAAUGAAUCUUGGUCGAGAUUCAUUAUAUUGGCGGAGCAAAAUAUUCCUGAUAUGUCUGACUAUUUUGUGAGAUGUAUUGCUUAUUCCAAAAAUGGUAAGAAAGUACUUUUGGAGAUGGGUCUUAAUCUUUUUUGGUAUAACUUAGAAAUGGGGUCACUUGAAGAUUUGAUGAUAAUUCAUUCUGUGGAAGAUUCACUUGAAGAUAUAGUGUCUUGUUUGGAAAGUCUAGUAUCUGUUGAUGUUGCAGAAGCUGGUUAA